GCACACAAAAGUAUUAGUUUUAUAUUGAACUGAAACAUUUUACCACAAACUUAACGGCUUAAAGCAACACACACUUACAAGCUCACAGUUGUAUAGGUCUUAAAUCUGGGCACAGCAUAGCUGGGUUCUCUGCUGAGGGUCCCAACAGCUGAAAUCAAGGUGUAGGUGGCUGGAGCUUAGAAUCCUCCUUGAAGUAUAUUCAGGUUGUUAGCAGAAGGCAGUGUCUGCUUCGUGAUUGGAGGACUGAGGUCCCCAUUUCCUUGCUGGCUGUCAACCAGGAGCCAGUCACAGCUCCUAGAGGCUGUCUGCAUCCUUUGCCUUGUGGACCCCUUCUGUCUUUGAAGGAGACAGCAAAGAAUUUCCUUCGUAUCAGCCACUCUCGUGAUUCAAAUCUCUUUCACCAGGAAGAGCCCAGUCCCUUGUAAGGGCUCCAUAUGGCCAUGCCCACUGAGGACAAUUUCCUGAUAUUACAGCCAACUGAUUUAGGCCAACUACAUCUGCAAAUUCCCUUCACAGCAGUGUCUAGAUCAAUACCUAGGGGAAUGUGUGUACAAGAAGGGGUGAGGAAUCUUGGGGGUCAUCUUGUAAUUCUGCCCACCACAUGCAACAACAUGGAUAAAUCUCAUAGUAACGUUAAGCAAAAGAAGGCAGACACAAAAUAAUACAUAAUGUAUAGUUGUAUUUAUAUAAAACACAAGAAUAGGAAGCACUGAUCUUUGGGGUUAGGAGUCAGAACAGUGGUUACUCUUGAGUACAUAGUAACUGAAAAGGAACAUGUGGGGAUUCCUGGAGGCUGAUAAUUGAUCUGUGUGCUGGUUACAGGGGUGUGUUCAGCUUGUGAAAACCCAGCGAGCUGAACGUUUAUGAUUUGUGUACUUUUCUGUAAAUGCAUUAUAUUGCAAUUAAAAGGUUCUUAGGAUAAUUUGGAUUCAUUACUUGAUAAUAGAUUUGUUUCGUUUUUCCAAGAAAACAUGCACUCAAAGACAGGCAUCAGAGCGAGCACCUGAUGGGGUGGAGAAUAAGUAGGAAUACAAAGGAAACGACAGUGCCUUGCCUGGAGUGGAGAUGAUAGUACCCCUCAAACUCUACACUUGAGCACCAAGUAGUGAAAAAUUAGUACUGUCAACUUGGAGCCUGUGUGUAUGACCUACCUCAUAAUUUGGCCCAGUGCAAAGUGAAAUGCAAACCCCCUUGUUCAAAAAUUGGAAGACAGCAAGAGUGGAGCAUUCAGUCAAAAUCAAUGGUUGUGGUGGGGACAAAUGAACAAGUCCCACUCCCAAGAAGCCAGCCUGCCUGUGUGUGUGGGAGAAAGAGCCUCAUCUCAGAAUCCCAAGACUUGUUGCUAGGUGAGUUACUUUGGGCAACUAUUGCUUUAGCCCCUUCAGCUGUAAAAUUGGUUAGCCAGGGGCUAGGAGGUGAAAAUUCAUUAAUACAUGCAAGUGAAGCACGUUUUUAUGUGCCAGAAAGCAAACAAACACAGGAAUUAUUAUAAUAAUGGGGCCCUCUAAAUGUUGGAGUUUUUCUUUAAUUGGUUAAAAAGCCUACCUGUGACCUUGCAGAGAAAUACAGAAACUCUUCAUGGAUAGCACAGGGGCCACUUCUGCCUUAUGAACUAACAAAAAUCCCGAAUUCUUGGUGGUAGCCUUAUCAUGAGAUUUUACUGUGCAUUCCUUGAUCUUACCAGUUCAAAGAAGAAACUACUAAAUGCCAAGGUCUAGAGGGUAUUGGAGUCUGGGCACUUCCCCCAUCGAAGUUCUUGUGCUGAGGUUUGAGUUUCGGUCAGGUUCCCGGUUGAAUCCCUGAUCUGACUCUAGAACCUCCCGGAGUGCCUGCUGGAGCCGGGGAAGGGGCACCCUAGAAUCUUCCAACCGGCCUCAGUGGCGAGCGCUGCGGGCACGCGACUCCCAGCGCUUGGAGCCUCUGCGGUGUCAGGAUGCCAGGACUGUCGCCUGGCCGGGUUGGGGGGUGGGGACGGUAUUUCAGGCUAAGAAUUUCUGAAGAGGCACGACGUUCGCAUUGCGUUUCCGUGAUUAUUCUCCCUGACUUGCAUUCUGAAGCACGAAUCUUUCCGGAUGUAGUAACUGACUUCCUAAAGCUUUGGGGGGACUGUGGUCCCCAAAGGCUGCCGGCUGCCUGACCUAAGAUUUACGAGUGGUUUCGAGGAUGAGACAAGGUCCCAGUGUCUCGGUGACAACAGGGUCUUUGACGAACGGCCGCCGAGUUACGGCUGGGGAGGGGGAAGAGACCCGUGGCGGGGUCGGGCAGCCUGAAUUUCUUCUGCAGGAGUUGGGCGCCUGGGCGCGGGCAGGCAGCCCCGCAGGCCAUCAGCAUGCAGGAGCGGCGAGCGCCGUCCUUGAAGGGCUGCCCGGCUGACCUUGCUCCGCUUUCUCCGGAGAAAUCGCUAGAAGAGCGCGAGGACGCGGCCACGGCGGUGACUCAGUGCCCUGCGCGCCGCACGCAAAUGCUCCCUUCUAUCAAGUCCAGCUCCGCAGCGGCUGUUUCCUCUUCCUGCCCUCUUUUUCUAUUUAUUUAUUUAUUUAUUUAUUUUUGAGACGGAGUCUCGCUCUGUCGCCCAGGCUGGAGUGCAGUGGCGCGAUCCCGGCUCACGGCAACCUCCGCCUCCCGGUUCAAGCGAUUCUUCUGCCUCAGCCUCCGCAGUAGCUGGGACUACAGGCGCGUGCCACCACGCCCGGCUAAUUUUGUUUUUUGUAUUUUUAGUAGAGACGGGGUUUCGCCAUUUGGCCAGGCUGGUCUCGAACUCCUGACCUUGUGAUCCGCCCGCCUCGGCCUUCCAAAGUGCUAGGAUUACAGGAGUGAGCCACCGCGCCCAGUCCCUGGCCUCUUUUUAAUUCCAAGAUUCAAACCCGGCGUUUUCCGCUCCGCCCCUCCCCCUCCCCACGGCCCGCCUAUCAUUAGCCAGACUGCACGGGUGUUUUGUACCCUCCCUCCCCCGUCCCUAUCGGCAGAACCGAAGGCCCACCUUCGCGAUCCCUCGCUGCGGGCCGGGGGAUCAGAUGUGGCCCGCCCCCGGCAGGGCACCGCGCGCUGGGCAACCGCGAUCCGGCGCCGGACUGGAGGGGGCGGUGCGCGGUGCGCUAGGGCUCACAGGGUACGGAGCCCGGGCCCCGCUCCCCAUUGGCCGCCACCUCGGCGGGAGGGGCCUCCUCCGGCUCGUGGCACCUGGCGUCGCCCCUCCGCGGGGAAAUCGGCGGCUGCCGGGCAUGGGCGCCUGGAGGUAAAGGUACCCGGGGGUGGGGAAGGCCCCGGGCCGCGGCAAAGCUCCCUGCCACUGGCCCUGUCCUGCUUGCCGCCCCAGCGCCUGCGAAGCUUGGAUGCCCCCAGGUCCGGCCGGGCCGGCCAGAAACUUUGCCCCGCGAAGUCCCCCGCCUGCCUGACCUCACCGUGAGGCGCCACGUCGGCCGCGCGCCCUCCGGGGCCCCGGAACCCCGCGAGUCAUUGCCUGGCCGCCCCGUACCCCGCGCCCGCGGCGCCCGGUCGCCAGGAUGCGCUACGCGGACCCCUCGGCCAACCGGGAUUUGCUGGGGAACCGAACUUUGCUCUUCAUCUUCAUCUGCGCCUUCGCCUUGGUGACCUUGCUGCAACAGAUCCUGUAUGGCAGGAACUACAUUAAGAGAGGCCUCCAGUUUGGUUGGCAGAGUGGUGACCAGCUGUCCAAUUGGACGGGGCUCUUUAAUGUCACGGAUGAUCCAGCAGUGCAGAGCGGCAGUGACUCCAGCUCCAGGUACUUUGAAUUUUACGAGGGGCCUUUUGAAUAUAACUCCACAAGAUGCCUGGAGCUGAGGCACGAAAUAUUGGAAGUGAAGGUGCUGUCCAUGGUGAAGCAGUCAGAGCUGUUCGACAGGUGGAAGAGCCUCCAGAUGUGCAAAUGGGCGAUGAACAUCUCUGAGGCCAACCAGUUCAAGUCCACUCUGUCCAGGUGCUGCAACGCCCCUGCCUUUCUCUUCACCACCCAGAAGAACACUCCCCUGGGGACAAAGCUCAAGUAUGAGGUGGACACCAGCGGCAUCUAUCACAUCAACCAGGAGAUUUUCCGCAUGUUUCCCAAGGACAUGCCCUACUACCGAUCCCAGUUUAAGAAGUGUGCUGUGGUGGGCAACGGAGGCAUCCUGAAGAACAGCCGCUGCGGGAGGGAGAUCAACAGCGCCGACUUCGUCUUCCGGUGCAACCUGCCCCCCAUCUCAGAGAAGUAUACCAUGGACGUGGGGGUGAAGACGGAUGUGGUCACUGUGAACCCCAGCAUCAUCACAGAGAGGUUCCACAAGCUGGAGAAGUGGCGGCGGCCGUUCUACCGCGUGCUGCAGGUGUAUGAGAAUGCGUCGGUGCUGCUGCCCGCCUUCUACAACACGCGCAACACCGACGUGUCCAUCCGCGUCAAGUACGUGCUGGACGACUUCGAGUCGCCGCAGGCUGUCUACUACUUCCACCCACAGUACCUGGUCAACGUGUCGCGCUACUGGCUCAGCCUGGGCGUGCGAGCCAAGCGCAUCAGCACUGGCCUCAUUCUGGCCACUGCGGCGCUGGAGCUCUGUGAGGAGGUGCACCUCUUCGGCUUCUGGGCCUUCCCCAUGAACCCCUCGGGCCUCUACAUCACUCACCACUACUAUGACAACGUCAAGCCGCGUCCCGGCUUCCACGCCAUGCCCUCCGAGAUCUUCAACUUCCUGCACUUGCACAGCCGAGGCAUCCUCCGCGUGCACACGGGCACCUGCAGCUGCUGCUGAUGGCGGCUCACCAGGCUGUCCGGCAAGCGGUGCAUUCUCUCCUGCUGUCCCUACCGGUUGAACUGGGAGUCCUGAACCGCGCAGCGUGGGGACCUGGCGUUCAGACUGCCUCUCCCUCCGUAGUUCAGUUCUGUACUUGGAUACUGGGGUGGGGAGGCAGGUUUGGGAACCGGGGCAGAAUCAGCUCUGUGCUGAGCCUCCUGGCCUGGCCCCCACCGGUGCAUCUGCCCAGUGCCUCCACCUGCUCCGGCUAGCAUGCUGCUGGACCACACCCCAAGAUCAGGGGCCCUGGGGACUGCAAGUGAAUAAAGCACAUUUCCACCCAAUUUUGUCAUCCAAGAGAGAGCACAAACUGCAGACCCUUAUUGCAGCUAAAGGAAGGCCCUACAGAGAAUGGAAUCAAGGGCAGAGACAGGACACUUCACAGGACACUUGAGCACAGUGAAGAUUUUAUUCACACUUUUGGUUCCUGAGUUUUAUAUCGAGGACUCAGCUAUGAAUUGCUAUCUAAAUCUCAGAGCUUAGAGGCCAACCCAGUGACUAGACCUUCCAGUGAAGAAAGUGAUCUCAAGAGGUCCAGGGACUUAACAGCCAAGCCACACCACCCGACACGUUCUUCCAUGACACACAGAGAUCUAACGCAAGGCCUGGGUUAUGUCUUGGUUGAGACAUCACCUGAGAAGCACCACAUCCUUUCAGACACAUCCUCGGACACACACGCAGUCUUGGUGCCCCCAGGUUCAAUCCUACGUUAGUUCUUUUGAUGAGAAGGAAAUAAACCAAACCAGCCACUUGCACUAUGGCUUCCAAGCCAAUGUUAUUGACUCAAUAAGUGCUUAGCGAUUGACUUCCUCUUCUGUCUCCCUAUUUUCAGCUCCAUUUAAACCAGGAGUUAUUUAUAAAGACCUCUUCUUCUCA